AUGCUCUACAAACAAACCAUCCUUUUCUCAGCCCUGGCCGUUGUGACCUAUGCUACACCUACCCAUCUCACCUCCCUCGCAAUCCGCGACAACUACCCGACAAAUAUCGGCAACCCAUCCUACUGCAAAAAAGUCGGAACAUGCAACCCCGCAAAUCUCCCCAACAGCCGAACCCAAUGCACCGAUGACGAGAAAUUGACUUGCCAAUACUACGGCUGCAACGUUGCUUGGUCCGAAUGCCAAAAUGCCAACAGCUUCGCAUCUUGCUCCAGCGCGCUAAACCAAUGCGAGCCAGUAGGAGGGCGACCGCUGUCCGAAAAAGACUGUGCGAAGAUUUUCACGGGCUACGAUGGUCGUGUCUGUAUGGAUUGUACGACGGGGACCAAUGGGCGAUGUCAUAUCAACCCGGAGGCAUAUAAGCAGUUUUCGGAAGGAGAUGCGUGCAAGAAGUCCACUGAAUUGUGUGUCAAGGAAGACGAUUGUAUGAAUGCUCUUCUUGACUGCGAAUAUGUUGGGGGCGCGAAGAUCAGCCAGGAUCAGUGCAAUUAUGUGAUUGUGGGGUCGAGUAAUGAGACGGGGGUGCCGAUGGAGGUCGCUUGUCAGGAUUGUACUUCUUAUCAAAAUGGGAUGUGCUUGCUGAAUGAGAUGAACCUUGCGAUGUUUGAGAAGGAUUACAAGCUUGUUUGA